AUGUCUCAGUCCGAAGCAACCCCGACUGGUUCACCUUGGCUGCUUCAGAGCCGCGUCGAAGUGCCUAGCCCUGAAGACCAUCAGCGGGACAUCUUGAACAGAGCCUACCAGAAGGCCCUAGCAGCGCUGGCUUCUGCUCAGGCUGUCGUUGCGGGUAUCGCAUACAGCCUCUACGACGUAGAUGCUGGGCAGACGGAUGUCUCCGCGCGCCUCUCCGGUCGCCCCGCCAUGCGCUACACCGGCAGGAAGCGCAAGCUGAGUCCAUCCGUCUACGACUACAGCGACUCGUGUUUUGGAGGCGCGGCCGGAAAGGCGGAUACACCAACACAUGAUUUGCUUCCCGCGUCCCGAAGUGAGCUCCGAAGCCACCAGCUGCUUGCCGUACGAUGGCUGGUCUCCCUGGAGCUGCAGGGCGCCGGCGGCGUUCUGGCGGACGAGCUGGAACAAGACCGGCGGGCCGAGGUAGCGGGACUGCUGUCGCACCUCCUCGCGCAGGCGCCGCUGACUUCGUUGUUAUCGUCGUCAUCAUCGUCCAUGCCCAUGUUCCAGGAGAUGCUGCAAGGAUUUGCUGGCGGCAGCGGGAGCGGAGGUGCCGGGAUAGGGCCUGGGGGCGGCGGUGAAGGCGGCGGAGGUAACAACACUCAGAUUUGCUUGUUGUUGGCGCCAGGCGGCAGCUUGGGUGGCUGGGCGGAGGCGAUACGCGAGCACGUGGACGUAUCCGUACAGCUGUACGACGGUACGGCGGGCUGCGCGGCGGCGUUGCAGACGGCUUGCGCAGAGCCGGGCUCCGCCUCUGGUUCCGGAUGUCGGCCCGGUUUAAAUUUUGGUAUCGGUCUCAAUCGCUUGGAAGGCUGUGGAAGGCGGCGUCAGGGCAUGGACUUGGAGUCUUAUCCCCACCUACAUCUCUUGACGAGGCUGCCGGCGGCGUGUCGAGUGCUGCUUUCAGCGGGCGUUCCGGAGCCUUCUGGUGACGGCAUCUGGCUGCUGCUACAGCUUCUAGCGCCCAAGGUGCACAGGCCCCUUUGGGAGGCGGUGUGCGAGCUGCAGCAGGGGCUCCUAGCCAGCGGAGCCGUGGGGGCGCACAGCAAGGAGGCGGUUCUGUCGGAGAUUCACAGCCGGCUGUGGGGUUUGUUGCGUCCCUUGACCUUGCACCGGCGAGCUCGUGACGUGGAGCUGACGACCAUGCGAGCUGUCGCGACCAACCUGAACCUGUACGACCACUUCUCGGCUGCGGACGGCGGCAGACGAGCGGACGGCGGCGCCACUUCAUCCCGGCACUUUUACAUCGUUUACGCUCGUGACUUGGAGGGAACAUAA